UGCGAGUGCAAAUAAAUCAGGAGUAAUUGGAAUAGUGAAACGUAUGAUUUGAAGGGUAUGGGUUUUUAAUAGGGUGUUUAUUAUUCUGAUUUUAGAAGAUGGAAGGAGUAAGUAAAAGGUGAAAUGUAAUAAAAAGGAGGAAAGAGAGUGGAUCGGAUGCGACUGUGAAAGUGAGAAGACAAUAGAAGAGUGGAGUAAAGUGUGGGAGAGUUUGGUGGGUAAUAAUAAUUAACCUUCCACACAGGGUCCUCUGGGUCUGAGCGAGAGUGAGUAUGAAUAUGAAGCCAAAGAAAACGUGUUAAGCACAAAAAGCCAAUUCCUACAAACAAAUUCCAAAUCUCAAUUCUCCUCUGCUCAACAGUCGCGGUAGCACCAAGUAAAGUUAUUCACAUAGAUAUAGAUAAUAUUUUAUACGUUGCAGCUUCCACUUGCUCCUUUGCAUCUGUUCGAAUGGUGGUGUUGGGUUUCUUCUUGAGGUAAUUCUUAGUGCAGGAGAUAGUGUUUUGAGGUAAAUUAAGUGAAUUUUGUUCAACUAGAAUGGGGAAAUAAGCUGAUAGCUCAAAUUCUGUGCUUGAAUCUGAAUACACCGCCGACAAUUCAUCAAUGGGCAAAGAAAAUGGGUCAGCAACGCCAAAGGAAGAAGGCAGUGAUGACGGUUACUCAAGUCUUGAGACUGUUGAAUUAGAAUCUCAGUCACGACCUAGCCUAGAGAAGGACACAGGUUUGCCAAGUUGUCGCGUGUGCCAAUGUGCCGAAUCUGAUAAAAGGGGAGAUGCUGCCCUAGAAUUUUUGGGCAUCACUCCGGUGAUCAAAGCUUGUAAAUGGAAUGGGGAAGAUGGGGAGGUAAGGUCAGAAGGCCAGGGAAUUCAGAAAAAUAUGUCUUUUAACAAAAAUGUUGGAAGCAAAUCUGGGAUGGUGGAAUUUGUAGGCCCUAAUGGGGAGGUUUUCAUGUGUAGAAGUGAUGUGGAGAUUGGUUUGUCUCACCAAGAUGCAUUGAUUGAACUUGGUUGCUGUUGUAAGAAUGACCUUGCUUUAGUACACUAUGCUUGUGCACUCAAGUGGUUUAUUAAUCAUGGAUCAACAAUUUGUGAAAUAUGUGGACACAUAGCCAAUAAUAUCAGAAUCUCUGACUUUAACAAGGUUGUUGGUUCUCUGAAGGAAUAUGAAGCCUUGAGGGAGAGAACUGUCAGUGGGGAUCCUGGUCCUCAUGUCCAUGCGAAUAAUAAUACUGGCGUUGAUCCUGACGCUGUGGCUGCUAUCCGGAGGCAACGGCUAAGUGAGAUUGCAUUAUGGUUUUGUCCUCAUAAUACCAGUAGUAUAAACAACAAUAGCAAUGCCGACACAGUUUCACAGGUUGCUUCUGAGCAGCCUUCAAAUUUUGUUACUGAAGAUGCUGGCCCUGCACAGAGUCCUGCAACCAAGUGGGCCGUGGAAGGCACAGGGAUCCUGCUUGCUACUGGCCUGCUUACAAUCACCCUUGCGUGGCUGAUAGCUCCUCGAGUUGGAAAGAAAACAGCCAAAAGUGGUCUUCACAUCCUACUUGGAGGUGUUUGUGCUUUAACAGUGGUUGUUUUUUUCCGCUUUUUUGUGCUUACCAGAAUCAAGUACGGACCUGCACGUUAUUGGGCAAUCUUAUUCGUUUUCUGGUUUCUUGUGUUUGCCAUAUGGGCUUCACGGACACAUGGUGCCCAUACAACGUGAUUCCUUAGUAGUUAGUAGUUAGUACAGCGCUAUAGAGUCUUGUUUUGUUUUUCAUUUCUCUUGAGCCUUUCAAUUGAAAUUCAUUUAUGACCGGGUCUAUUUCAUAGUAGAUUAUUAUCAUUAUCAUUAUUACUAUUAAAUGUAAAAUAGCUAUAACGUUGUUUGUAAAGCUAUUUCUUUCUAUGAGAUCGUGUUUAGUUACUUUGAA